UUUGUUUUGUUUUGUGCAAUUUGUGCAAAAGGAAAAAUCCGCCCCGGCAGCAUCAGGAACCGGCAACUUUGUAACAGCAAAUUAUUGGAUUGCUGCAACUUGUCCAACAAUGAUGGAAACGACCACAAACGCCGCCGGAGGAGAGCAGCUGCCGGGCAAGCGGUGGAACCAUCUGCGCAAGAUCUUGGAACGGUCCGGCCCGUUUUGUCCGCCGAACUUUACGGCCUCGACGGAGACGCUGGACUUUUUGCUGAAUACGUGCAAGAUUCUGGUCAUUGGUGCCGGUGGGCUGGGUUGUGAGCUGCUGAAGGAUCUCGCCCUGAUGGGCUUUCGGGACAUUCACGUAAUCGACAUGGACACGAUUGAGCUGUCCAAUUUGAAUCGGCAGUUUUUGUUCCGCCGAGCGGACAUUGGCCGGUCGAAGGCAGAAUGCGCGGCGGCGUUCAUCAAUGGGCGCGUUCCGGGAUGCACGGUGACGGCGCACUUCUGUAAGAUUCAGGACUUUGACGCGAGCUUCUACCGCCAGUUUCACAUCAUUGUGUGCGGGCUGGAUUCGAUCGUGGCCCGCCGCUGGAUCAACGGAAUGUUAAUCUCAAUGGUGGAGUACGAGGAGGACGGGUCGGUGGACGAAACGUCGAUCAUUCCGCUGGUGGAUGGUGGAACCGAGGGAUUCAAGGGCAACGCUAGGGUCAUCUUGCCCGGGGUGUCGGCUUGCAUUGAUUGCACGUUGGAUUUGUACCCGCCGCAGGUCAAUUACCCGCUUUGUACGAUUGCCAACACUCCGCGCCUUCCGGAGCAUUGCAUCGAGUACGUUAAGAUCAUCCAAUGGCCCAAGGAGAUGCCCUUCGGAGCGGACGUGUCCCUCGACGGGGACGAUCCCCAGCAUCUGACCUGGGUGUACGAGAAAGCCCAGGAUCGGGCCAACACGUUCAACAUCACUGGUCUGUCCUACCGGCUGGUUCAAGGUGUCCUGAAGAACAUCAUCCCAGCCGUGGCAAGCACAAAUGCCGUCAUCGCGGCCGCCUGUGCCACCGAGGUGUUCAAGAUUGCCUCGAGCUGCUGCGAGACGCUGAACAACUACAUGGUCUUCAACGACAGCGACGGAAUCUACACGUACACGUACGAAGCGGAGAAGAAACCAGACUGCCUGGCUUGCAGUCAAGUUCCACGUCCGGUCGAGGUCACCGAUCCCGCGACCAUGACACUGCAAGAUCUGAUUCAGCACCUGUGCGACAACGCCGAGUUCCAGAUGAAGAGUCCCGGGCUGACGGCCACCAUCGAGGGUAAAAACAAGACCCUUUACAUGGCCACGGUCAAGAGCAUUGAGGAGGCCACGCGCAAAAAUCUGACCCUGUCGCUGGCCGAGCUGGGACUGCAGGAUGGGCACGAGCUGAUGGUGGCGGACGUGACCAAUCCGAACACGAUUCUUAUCAAGCUCAAGUUUGCCGGCAAUGAGGUGGAGAUGGCUUGAGGGAAAGUGAAGUGAUAUGAAAAUACGAUAAGGGAAGCGUUAAUAAAAUAUUUCAUUUAAAAUGGAA